GGUUGAAGAACUACACCAUUACUAUCUAUAUUCAGCCUGGUGAGGUUUCAUUCUACUGGGAGACUGCCUUAGUUUGGGACGUUCAAAGCACUCAGGGACGCAUCAUACACUUGAAUACAAAUAACGCUUGCAAAAACGAAGUUGAAUCCUACACGUGUUUCAGGAGGGUGAACUCUUCCACUUCCUGUUUCAGCGGUUCCGCAGCCUCCGUUUGGUUCCUGAAAGGGUCACGUGGCGUGACAUCAUCAGCUGCUCGACUUUUCGCUCGGCUUUUAAUUGACCAACGUGAAAAACAGCAUGGAAGUAAAAGAUGCAAAUGCAGCGCUCCUGAGCAAUUAUGAGGUUUUUCACCUUCUUACCGAGUUAAAAGCUAAGCAGAGAGAAGUACGAAAAAACAAGAAUAGUGUUGGACAGCAAAAUCUCAAUACCAUCAUGUAUGAAACACUGAAAUACUUGUCCAGCAGUCCAUGCCACUAUCAGUCCCCUGAAAUUGUACGGGAAUUUCUAACUGCAAUAAAAGGGCAUAAACUGACCAAAGCUGAAAAGUUACAGCUACUUAACCACCGACCUUCAACUGCAGUUGAAAUCCAGCUGGUGUGCAUUCUUUUGAGGAUUUUAAAGAAGCAGAGAGAUUUGUACAUGAUUUCACUGCACAAUUGGGAAGAUCUACCUCUCAGGUGUCAAAGUCUCUUUCUAAUUCAAAAGGCCAACUCACUGCGGAAAGCAAAGAUACCUCAAGAGUUCACACCACUCACAUUUCAAGAAAGAUCUGGAUAACUUAAACUCUCCAAUUACUGAAGAAGAAGUAAGAUUUACGAUAUCAUCACUGAAGAAAUACAAAGCUGGAGGAUCAGAUGGUCUAUCUGGACCUUUCUAUAAGUGUUUACUUAAUGAAAUUUCACCUUUUCUUAGAGAAUUAUAUAAUUUCAUCAUUAAUCAAAAGCAAUUUUUACCCUCCAGUCUCAAUUCAUCCAACCAUUACAUCCUCGUACAGACCCAUUGCUCAAAUCAACUCCCAAAGAUCAUCUCCCCAGAACAAAGUGGAUUCGUGAAGGGGAGAUCGGGAACUAAAAACUUAAGAACCUUAAUUAAAGUCAUCUACUCAGCUAAAACUAAUAAAAUUCCAAUCUCAUUGGUGGGUAUAGAUGCAGAGAAAGCUUUUGACAAUAUUUGCUGGGACUACAUAUUUGACGCGCUAGAAGCUUUUGGUUUUCAAGGUCAUUUCAUUGACUUAAUUCAUUUAUUAUAUUCAGCCCCAACUACUCAGAUAUUGGCAGCAAUUAUUUAGAGUUGCGUUUGCAGUUUGGAAACUUAUGCAUAAGUCAUACAAAUCCAGUUAUAUCUCGACUCCAUACCUACCUCUAGUGAAGAUUUCUACACUAUCCAGCUCAUGGUAUCCUCCUAUUUCUACCAUAUGGAAACAAAAAGGAAUGCAGCAUAUAAAAGAUAUUAUUUCACCAUCGUUUAAUACAAUUCUUGAUUGGAAAGACUUCAUCAAUAAAUAUCAAAUUUAUGAAAAAGAAAAAUUACAUUAUCUCCAAAUUGCUCAUUGGUUUCAUCACCAUAUCCAUCUAGAUUCUUUAUCAAUGUAUAAUCCACUUCUUACUACUGCUCUGGAUAUGCUUAUGGCUUCUCAAUCCUGUAACAGAAUCCGAUCUAUACAAACUUUAAUAUGGAAUAAGUCUCAAAUGUCAUCCAUUGGAUUUGACUGCAAAAAAAUUGUCCACCUAUCUUCAUACAGAAAUUUCACCGGAAGUCUUAACCUAUUGUAUAAAGCGUUUUGAAAAACUCAUUCAUACGGAAGUCUGGAGGGAACAAAAUUAUAGUCUUAUUCAUCUAGCAUAUAAAGGUUUUAAUUUUGACUCUAAGAAUAAGAAUUUCCUUAAUAAAUGUCCUAAAUGUAGCAUACCGCUUCCAAAUAUAAUUAAUCUAUUAUGGGAAUGCCCUCAUAUCAGUAGUUUUUGGAAAGAACUUGAGAGCCAUCUAAAAUCUACUUUGGGUUCUAAUUACCAUCUGACUUCAAAAUGCGCCCUAUUAAACUUCUCAGAAGAUUUAAUGCAAGUGUCUCAUUCAUUUCAACCUAAAUUAGGAAACAUUUCCUACUCCAUAAACUACUUGAACCUUAUACUAGCUGCAGCAAAAAGGAUUCUCUUCAAGAAAUGGAUAGAUUCAAACCCACCAUUUUUUAUCAGAGGUCAUUACUGAGUUACAAGUUUUAUGUAAAAAUGAAGCCAUUGCCUUCAAAUUUAGUAACACAAAAAACCAUACAAGAUACUUGUCUAAAUGGAAACUUCAUAUAAAUACCCUUUGUCCCAAGGAUAGAUCUCAUUUGGACUCAUUACUCUAUGUACCAUAGUUCCAUGAAUGCUUACAAACUCUUACUAGCCUGUCUAAUUGUAAUAAGAAUUACUAUAUUUAAUUUUAUUCUUAGACACAUGCUUAAUAGCGAUCUAUGUUAUUCCUUCAUUAUCUUUUCAUACCUUGUCAUUUGUAAAAUACUGUUCUGAAAUGUUCACUGAACUGUAUUGUUUAUAUUAUGUCAUUAUUAAUCCUUGUUGGGAUUUUGCUUAUUUUCUCAAUGUUUCUUGUAAUUAUCUAAUAAUAAUAAUAAAAAAAAGUUGUU